AUGGAGCCUUGGAGCCAUGGUUUGGAUAAUGAAGGAAGCCUAUUGUUCUCGGAGUAUGGUGUGGAAGUAAACACAUUUUCUGAUUUUGAUAAAAACAUGAUUAUUGCCCCUAGUUUUGAGGAAAUUAAUGAAGGUGCAGACUUCAUGGAACUAUGGACAAACAACAACAGUAACACUGACAACAAUUUUACUAUUAAUAAUGGUAAUUUUACUAGUAAAAUGAUGAUGUUCUCUGAUGAUGAUAUGAAUGGAAACAACUGGAAAAGAAUACCUGCAAUUGAAUGCUACAAUGGCUAUGGAGGAUUGGAGAGUAGUGGGCAAUCUGCCUCAGCUAAGAAGGAGAAGAUGAUGGUUGAAUAUUAUAAUUCUUGUCAAGUCCCAAUUAUCUGCCAAGUUGAUGGGUGUGAAAUGGAUCUUAGUUCCUCCAAAUACUAUCACCAGAGGCAUAGAGUCUGUGUGGACCACUCCAAAACCACCAAAACCAUUCUUCAUGGUGUUGAGCAGAGAUUUUGCCAGCAAUGUAGCAGGUUUCAUUUGUUAGCAGAAUUUGAUGAUGAUAAACGCAGUUGUCGGAAGCGUCUUGCCUGCCACAAUAAGCGCCGCAGAAAGCCCCGCUUAUAUACUCACUGGGAUGCAAGCUUAUUAUUGGAAAUGGCUUCACAAGGGGCAUCCCCAUUCCUUAUUCCUGAAACACUUCCUGGAAAUCUCAGCUUUUGCCAAGAACAGGAGAACAAGACAAGUAAAGAUUGGCAUAGUAUGUUGUCAUUCUAUGAUGCCCUCCCCGCCGCCGGCAACCUCGUAGAAAUGUUGUCACCGGUUCAUCAAGAACUUUCCGGCGGGGAGAAUUCCGGCAGUGCUUUCUCUCAUCUCUCUGCUACCCAGACCAGAGCAGAUCAUCGUCCUGACAGCAAAAAAUCAAACAAUUCUAUGAAUUACAGCAAAAAAUGUUUGAAGUCAUCUCCAAGGAGUGGACCGAUCAUUGAUCUGCAGCAGUUGUCAACCCAUUUCCGACGAGUGGAGCAGCAGAGAAGCUCAGUGCAAGGGAAGAACCAAGAGAUCGAUCAUGUCGUCCAAUUUUAG